AAUCCGAAGAAGAAGAAGAAGAAGAAGAAGGUUUUGCGGGUUGUGUUUAGCAGCAGCAGUUUGAGGAAGCUAGUUCUUAAAGAGCUUAAAAACCCUCCGAGAAAGUCCAAAUAAAACACCAGCGUUCAACCCUGAGAAGCUGAGGAUAUCAGGGGUUGUGUCGCGUUGUUAGCGUACACAGUUUGAGGAUCUAAAAGCAGCGUUAAUUAUCUUAAAGAGCUCAAAAAAACACGAACAACCCAACGAUGUGAGUGUGUGAGUUAGCUGAGAGUUGAAGCGACAUGGGAGGGCGAAGAUAAGCAAUUACACCGCUUCGGAGGGGAUCCACCCACUCAUGUAUGGACAUAAAGAGGACCCACCACAGAGGCAGCAGGCAGCGGGGCUUGAAGGAGGAAUAACAGCCCAAACCAGGACCAGGACCAGGAGAAGGUCUGCUGGCUCCGGAUCAGACACGAUGGGGGCCACGAUGGGACCGGUUCUGCACUGGCUGCACGAUGUGGCGGCUGUGACUCUCCUCAAAGCCCAGCGGACUUUAUUCCAGGCUGCCAUCCUGUUAUGUGUCCUGGUUCUGCUACUGUGGGUGUCCAUCUUCCUCUAUGGGAGCUUCUAUUACUCCUACAUGCCCACGGUGAGCUUCUCCACCCCUGUGCACUUCUUCUACACCUCUGAUUGUGAUGCCUCGGAGUCUGCGCUUUGCUCAUUCCCCACGGCCAACAUCUCCUUCAUGAAGAACGAGAGGGACCAGGUGAUGGCCUACGGUCAGCCCUAUCGAAUAUCUCUGGACUUAGAGAUGCCAGAGUCUCCGGUGAACGAACAGCUGGGUAUGUUCAUGGUCAAGAUGUCUGCUUAUUCCAAAGGAGGGAAGAUUGUCUCAUCGGUGGGACGAUCUGCGAUGCUGCACUACCGCUCCAGCCUCCUGCAGACCCUGAGUACUUUCAUGUUCUCUCCUUUCCUUCUGACCGGGAUGACUGAGCAGAAGCAGCUCAUAGAGGUUGAGCUCUUCACAGACUACAAGACGAAUGCUUAUCAACCCACUGUCGGCGCAGUCGUCGAGAUCCAGUCCAAACGAGUGCAGAUCUACUCCUCUCAGCUCCGUAUCCACGCUUACUUCACCGGUCUAAGAUAUCUUCUGUACAACUUCCCCCUGACGUCUGCAGUGAUCGGCGUGGCCACCAACUUAGCCUUCCUCAGUGCCAUUGUGCUGUUCAGCUACCUGCAGUUCAUCUGGGGCGGUAUCUGGCCUCCAGAGCAAGUCAGAGUCAGGGUGAUGAUGGGAGACAACACCCGCAUCCAGCAGAGGAGAGAGGAGGCUCGGAAGCGCAUGGAGAGGGAAACCUCGCAGAAAGAACUAAGUUCUCCUAAAGUGAUUGGACCUGUGAAUGAGACGUCUGACAGCCCGGUAAAGGACCCAGCGGCAGAGCUGUCGUCAAGGAAGCCUUCGCUGAUCCCUGAUGCCUCUGUGGCCGAUGUCCCUGAUGCCUCUGUGGCCGAUGUGCCAGGUGCCAAGGAGGAAGAGUCUCAUGAGUCUGUGGGGCCCGAGGAGACAAACAGCUCCGACGUGUCAGAUGGAUGCCAGCUGCCUCAGCCGGGUGAGACGACCCUCCGGCAGAGACCCGGACCGUGGAUGAGCCUGUGAACCAUGCCAGCGCACACAGUUGUAGUUCUCAUAGUAUAUGCCGCACAAUGUCCCAUCACUCGUCAGCAGAUAUUGAAUGUGAUUUGGCAGAUGUUGUUUGACUCCAUUAAACCCACAGUUUGAGUUGGCCUGCAAUACACACAUAAAUACCUGUGUUGUACUUCCUACACUUUACCUCAUUGUAAUUUUUGACCUCUGCUCUUCCUGCUUUUUGUCUGCUCAGUGGGAUGCAUGCCCAAAAAGACAACAGCACUUAUACAGUCUUAUGUUUGUGCCAAUUGAGUUUUAAUGAUGUCUGUAGCAGGAGAUACUACAUUCCAGCUCUGGUGUGUCCACCUGUGUUGCCCGAUGGGAAUUUAGCCUUAACAUCAACAACCGAACACACUUUUUAAAAGUCAGUUGAACCUGUUCAUGUUUUACUUCUCAGAUGUCGUUUAAAGUGGUGACUCUAGAUCAGUAGAGUUGAUUCUGUUUUUGAAUGUUGCUGCCCCGUAUGUGAAACUAAAGGUAGCUUUGGAAGUUGAAAUGUCAGUGUUUAACACCCUUUUAGAGGAUACGCUCAAACAAGCCUUGUGAUACUUCUAUCUCAGAGGCGUUCUCAGAGCAAUUCGAUUUGGAAAAUCUGUUUAAAAAACUGUCUUUGUUUUAUUAAAUUCCUAGCAAAAAAGUGUAAUGGGUCCAGCCUGCGGCACAUCGGGAAUUUACAGAGAAGUUCUGUCAGCGUGUAAUGGGUAAUUAGACUGCCGUGGCACAUUUGGUUAAAUGUUUCUACAAAGGUGGAAUUCAUUCAUUCUAUCAGAUCUUCUUUGUAUCCAGUAUCUGUUACAGUGCAGUUUACACUCUGCACUUUAAUGUUGUGAAAAUUUUAUUUAUUGUGCUUUCAUUACAACAAAGCACCAAGAUAUUUUAGAUUUGUCUUUUAAGUAAUAUAAGUUUGUCUGUUUAAUUAAACAUAUUUGUAUUUAACAUCAGGCAACAUACAGUUUAAGAAGGAUAAGUGAAGUUACAGUUUGGACACUGAUGCUGGUUGUUAUAGCUAAUAAAGUGAGGGGGAUGCAGGAUCUUUUGGUAUAUGGCUCCAUAUAUUUAAGCUGCACUUCAGGGGGAGUUUAGGGUUUAAGCAAGUUUAUGUAAGACUGUGUACAAGUUGUGCUGAUGUAGAAUUUUCUACCAAAGAAAUUGUUAAACUCAUAAUGUCCUGUACUUAAAGCUGUCAUAUUGGAUUCUAUCAUGCAGAUGUUUCUUGAGUGUUAUUUAUGCUUUGAACAAAUUAAAUAAACAUACAGCGGCACA